AUGAUUAUACAAACACGCACGCGCAGUUUGGAGACGGUGAGGACCAAGAAUAUCGUCAUGGCGGACGCGUCGAACAACACUUGUCUCUCGGGCGGAGAGGCAGUACCGCUGGCUUCUGGGUUUUCGUGUCCGGAGGGUUUUACUGCCCUUAGAACAAUGAACACCGGCCAGGAGGGCAGCUCCUAUCAGACUCCGUUACUUGCGUUGGUGCUGGGUGUGCUACUUGACAUUCUGGUCUGUGGAAUAUGCAUUCUUUUCCGAUCUUCGUCGCCUUCGCGAAAGCUGUCGCGAUAUUCUUGCUUCAACCAGCCCCCGCCGCGUCUACCGGUCGAUGAGGGUGAACGCAGCAACGAUGCGAUCUGCCUGCGGCGACUUGAUGGCUUGUUUCCAGAUAAUGCCAAUGGAAUCUCCCUAGAGCUCACCUUCACCGGGAUCAAUCUGCGUCUGGGACGCCCACCGCGCGAUAUCCUGUCUGAUGUGCACGGAACGAUCCAGUCAGGUUCGGUUUUCGCAAGUCUCGUCAACAUACUUUCCGGGAGAUCACGGCCAACACAGGGAGACAUUGCGAUCAAUGGCCGCCCAAUUCAACCAGACGAUCUACGGAGCAUGAUCGGCUUCAUCCCCCAGCACGAUAUUGUCCCUACCGACCUCACGGUCCGCGAGAACAUCCUCUACCCCGGCCACUUGCUCCUCGGCGGCCGGAUGCCCGCCCACGAGAUCGAAGGGUACGUCGAUUCUCUAAUCUCCUCACUGGGCCUGCAGCAUAUCCGCCAUCAGCAAGCCGGUGCUCUCGUAAAGCAAGGCAGCCGCGGUAUAUCCGGGGGCGAGUACAAGCGCGUGAGUAUUGCCCUCGCUCUAGCUGGGGCUCCUGCAGCGUUGGUUCUUGAUGAGCCGACCUCUAAUCUUGAUGCGACAGCUGCGCAUUCGUUGGUGAAGCUGCUGCAUACUAUUUCGCGGAGGGGGAUUAUAGUCAUUUGUGUGAUCCAUCAGCCGCGCGUAGAAACCUUUGAUCUUCUGGGUGGACUUCUUGUUCUGAAUGCCGGGAAGCAGAUGUAUUUGGGGAAGGUAGCUGAGGCGCAAUCAGUUUUCGAGAAGUUGGGACACAAGUUUCCUCUGGGCUCGAAUCCGGCGGAUGUCAUUCUUGACAUAUUUAUCAAUAAUCCCCCGAUCGGAGGCGGAGGUCCGAAGGGCACUCUAGAAGUUACUCAGUCUCCUGAUGUUGCCGUUGCAGAGGAAAGCGUAAUUAAGAUCCUGCAGACUCUCAAGGAACGCAAAAUAUCCUGGUUGCGCCAACUCUGGCUCGCUUUUCAGCGAAGCAUCAUCCAGCAGAGUCGACAGACCGCAGGCCUCGUGUUAGAGAUAGGAUCGAGUUCCAUCGUCGGUCUCAUGGUUGGGUUGUCGGCAUUCGAGCCCAGAGGACACCUCUUCCAGGGUUUGUAUCACGAUCCAUUUGACCUGCUUUCGAGUGCGGUUGACUACCGGACUGUGGUUGAGCAAGCUCUCUUGUGUUUCAUUGCAAUUUUAUGCUUCCGGAUCCUCCUAUCUUCCCUGCACUUCACCGCAUUCUACCUCCUCCUCGCUGCCCCUAUGAUCUCACUCCGCCUCCAGCUCGCCCUUGUCUUUCUACACUACUAUUGUAUAUACGGCCUAGGCUUCAUCGUGUCAGCCCUCGUCCGCCGCGAAGACGGGGGCCCUCCUCUGUAUGCUCCUAAGCCUCAUCACCUCAGCUCUGAGCGGGAGUGCGCCGCGGCUAUCGACCGUGCGCGAUUGGCAUCUGGUGUGGUCCUGACGUGGUUCUCGGAAGCUUUUCUGCAGGGGAAUAUAGAUCCCCUGGCCUAUCUCUACGAUGUUGGGGAUGCGUUUGCGUUUACCGGGUAUAGAGCGGGAAGGACGGUGAUGGAUAUUGGGUUCCUCAUCCUGAUCGGAACCACAUACCGACUGCUAUCCUAUACCCUCUUUGUCCUCUGGGGCUGGAAGUCCCAGCACUAA